GACGCCGACCUGCUGGGACCCAGAUUCCUUGAGGGAACGCCAUUGCCGCAGCCACGAUGCCGAAACGAAAGAAGCAGAAUCAGCACCAGCCACCGCCGCCGCAGCAACCCCCACUGCCGGAGCGGGAAGAGACUGGAGAUGAGGAGGAUGGGAGUCCCGUCGGACCACCCAGCCUUCUGGGCCCUCCCCCCAUGGCCAAUGGAAAGCCUGGUGAUCCCAAGUCAGCUCUUCACAGAGGUCCUCCAGGAUCAAGGGGACUGAUGAUUCCACCACUGCUCAGUCUCCCACCUCCUCCCCGGGGUAGAGGCCCAAUUCGGGGAGGCCUUGGCCCCAGGUCUGGCCCAUAUGGUCGUGGUUGGUGGGGGGUCAAUGCUGAACCUCCUUUUCUGGGGCCAGGCCAUGGGGGUCCCUCCAGGGGAAGCUUUCACAAAGAGCAGAGAAACCCUCGAAGGCUCAAAAGCUGGUCUCUUAUCAAGAAUACCUGCCCAGCCAAGGAUGACCCCCAGGUUAUGGAAGACAAAUCCGACCGCCCUGUCUGCCGACACUUUGCCAAAAAGGGCCACUGUCGAUAUGAGGACCUCUGUGCCUUCUACCACCCCGGCGUCAAUGGACCUCCUCUGUGAGACUGUGCCUUCCAUCCAGGCUGGAAGGAGCCCUGUGUGACCUAGCGGCCAUGCAUUUCCCCGUGGCCCUGUGGAGGCUGCUGUGAGGCUCUUCCACCCAACACCCGCAGUCAGUGACACCCUCCUCACCCACCGCCACCCCCAUUCAGGGCCCAGAGUUGUGUUUCAGCACUGGUGGGCAGCGUGUGCUUGCUUCUGAUCUGGCCUCCAGAGACUUGCCUUCGGGACCCCUUCGACUGCCUCCUGGCUCCUUCCCCUGUCAAAUGACUGCUGAACAGGAAACCUCUCUGGUGCUGUUUCUUGUGCAUCUGUCCACCAGUCCCUCACUAUUGCCCUCGAUUCCUGAGAGCCUGGAGCCUGGAGAACCAUUCCCUUCUAGCUGCUCGUUUCAAGUCCUUUUUAUGUGACACCCCUUACCCUCAAUGUUGUCAGCUGCUCGUGAAACUCACCAGGUUGUCCGACCUGGGGUCAAGUUUGGGUGACUGGUACAGAGUUACUCCCUCAGAGGCCACUCUCCCUGCUUUUGGAGUUUGUAGUUUCUCUGUCAGUAGCAUGAUCCCCACCACUAUGGUCUGUGAUCACUGUGCUUUGUGAAACUGUGCAUAUCCCUUUGUAGCCUUUCUCAGUGUCUGUGGCAUUUUUGUGACUUCCCAACACUAGAAUAAGUUUUUCUGCCAAAACGAGUGAGGCUCUUGGUGCCCUCUAGACUUUCCCCGCCUCCCAACAUGGGAGAAUUGUGAAACUUUCCACAAGACUGCCUCCCUGGUCCUCCGCAUUCUCCUGGUGUUGGUUAUUCUGGGUCUGACUCAGGCCUGUGAGGCGUCUGGUAAAGCCUCUGGUGGCUUUACCCUACCUAGCUCCUCUCCAGUGCAUUUUAGUUAGACUGUGUCAUUAUGAGGCCACCAGCCCUUUCAUUUGAAUUCUGUGAAUCUCCACCUGGCCUGUCUUUGGGUGGAGCCUGGACAGUACUGUCGCCCUCUCCCAACCCUCGUCCCUACAUCCCUGGCGCUGGUUGUUUUCUGUGAAAACGGCAGUGAGUGGGUUCGGUUUUGAGCUGGCCCUGAGGAAAUGGGUCAGGAGUUGUGUGGGUAAGAGGGAGGGGUGAGACCUCUUGGAGAACUGAGAAUGAGUUUUUUUUUUUCUUUUUAACAUUUUUUUAUAUUAGUAAUAAACGGAGUGGAAACCAGCAUUUUCUUUAA